UCGUAGAGGUCUGUCAAUAUCCUAAAAACGGAGAAAUCUCGCACAAUCGCACAGAUAGUGACUGACCUCUCUGCUUCUUGCAGCAACUACGACAAUGGCGACAGGCAACAAUGGAGACAUUCUAAUGCUGGAGGCCGCACUGGAUUUUUCAAGGCCAUGGUCGAGCUCCGCCAUUGCCGAAGUCAUCGACGCGUUGCCGUACAUCGACGAAGACUACGGGAACCCAUCGGUUAAGGCCGAGGUCGAUCGGUUGGUUGAGGAGGAGUUGCGCAGGAGCUCCAAGAAGCCCGCAGACUUCCUUAAGGACCUGCCGCCUCUCCCCAAGUUGAACUUCGAGGAUCACCCGAUGCUUGCUAGAGAGUAUGAUCGAGUAAGAGCUGGGAGGCCUCCGGUUAUUAUUGAUAACUCACAAGCUAAACCAGAAAUGCCGCCAGGGAAUAAAAUGAAUGACGAAAGUGCAUGGAAGCAAGCACUACAGAAAGCUCAAUACUUGUCACAACAUCAAAUGAUCAGGUUGGAGAAUCUGGAGCUAAUGUCAAAAUAUGGCCCUGAAGUGUGGAUACAGCACAAUAAACGAUUGGAAGCAUUCUUAUCCAGAAUGCAAAAAUUAGCUCAGGAGCAAAAUGAGAAGAUUGAAGCUGUCAACCGUGAAAGAAAGUAUCAUCAGCAACAAACCGCAUUCGAGCUCAACGCUUUAUCUGCACAAUGGAUGGAGCUCUGUCUGAAAAAUAUUGAUAUCCAAGCAGCAUGUGCUGAACUUGAAAAUCAUGUUGAGAAACUUAAGACAGAAGCUGCAGAGAGGAGCUGGAACUUGGAUUUUAAUCUAGAGAAUGGCACUCAAUUACACACAUGAAAUGAGAUUCUUCAGAAAAAUUUGAAGAGAGGUGAUUAAAAUACUACUUCUUAUUUGCUGCAAAAAUGUGUUAUGGAUGGAAGAUACAUAAAUAUGGGCAUUGUCGCAGUUCUGAUCGAUGAGGUCAACUACUUUCUGUGAUGAGAUUUUCCCAUGUAAUAUAAUUAAUUUGCAUCUGUUAUUGAAUUCUACUCAUGUACUUCUAAUGACUGUUUCCAAAAUCAAGUUGCUUGCUAUAUUUUUGCCCAA